AUGGAGCGCCACAAGCAGGCCGUGACCAAGAUCGCCGGCGCGGUGCGCGGCUACUUUGAGCGCGGCGAGCCGUACCGCAUCUUCCACGGGUCGACCAACAGCACGCGGCCUCGCCCCGGGCCCGGCCACCGCGCCGUCGACAUCAGCAGCCUGGGCAACGUGCUGGCCGUGGACCGCGGGGCGCGCACCGCGCUGGUCGAGCCCAACGUGCCCAUGGACCGGCUGGUCGAGGCGACGCUGCGCCACGGCCUGGUGCCGCCCGUCGUCAUGGAGUUCCCCGGCAUCACGGCCGGCGGCGGCUUCGCGGGCACGGCCGGCGAGAGCAGCUCGUUCCGCCACGGCUUCUUCAACGACACGGUCAACUACGUCGAGAUGGUGCUGGGCAACGGCGACGUGGUGCGCGCGUCCCCCCACGAGCGCGCCGACCUGUUCCGCGGCGCGGCCGGCGCCGUGGGCACCCUCGGCAUCACGACGCUCAUGGAGCUCAACCUGGUCGAGGCCCGCAAGUUUGUCCGCACCACGUACCACCGCACGCACAGCGUCGCCGAGGCCGCCGCCCGCGUCCGCGCCGAGACGCAGGACCCGCGCAACGACUACGUCGACGGCAUCCUCUUCUCGCGCGACCACGGCGUCGUCAUCACCGGCCAGAUGACCGACGACAAGCCCGACGGCCAGCAGGCCCAGACCUUUAGCCACGCCCGCGACCCCUGGUUCUACCUGCACGUCCGGGACAAGACGCGCCACGCCUCCUCCUCCUCCGGCGAGCAGCCCGUGACCGACUACAUCCCGCUGGCCGAGUACCUGUUCCGCUACGACCGCGCCGGCUUCUGGGUCGGCGCCCAGGGCUUCACCUACUUCAAGUACGUGCCCUUUACCGACUUCUGGCGCUGGUUCCUCGACGACUUCAUGCACACGCGCAUGCUCUACCGCGCGCUGCACGCCAGCGGCGAGUCGGCCCGCUUCGUCGUCCAGGACCUGGCCAUCCCCUACGACAAGGCCGCCGAGUUCGUCGACUACACCGCCGACGAGUUCGGCAUCUGGCCCCUCUGGCUGUGCCCCCUGCGCGAGACGCCCAACCCGACCUUCCACCCGACCUGCCAGACCGAGGCCGUCGGCGCCGACCUCGUGCCCCAGCCCAUGCUCAACAUUGGCGUCUGGGGCUGGGGCCCCGAGGACCACGACGCCUUCAUCGCCAAGAACCGCGCCCUCGAGGACAAGCUCGUCCAGCUCGGCGGCCGCAAGUGGCUCUACGCCCACACGUACUACUCCGAGGACGAGUUCUGGCGCGUCUACGACAGGGACUGGUACGACGCCCUCAGGGAAAAGUACUCGGCCACCACCCUGCCCUCCGUCUACGACAAGGUCCGCAUCGACGUCGACGCCAGCCGCGAGGAGCGCCAGCUGUGGAAGAAGUCGCUCAAGAGCAGGUGGCCCGUCGGCGGCCUGUACGGCAUCUGGAAGAGCAUCCUCUCUGGGGACUAUCAUUUGCAUAGAAACGCCGAGUGGAAGUACAAGGGGGAUGACUGA